UUCCUUUCUUCCAACUCUUUUUUCUUGUUCCAAAGGUAUCCAAGAUACACAGAACCACAGAAUCUAACAACUGUCACAGAAUUCUUUCUCGUGGGACUCUCAGAUGAUCUGGAAUGGCAGCCUUUGCUCUUUGGGCUGUUCCUGUUCAUGUACCUGGUCACCAUCUUUGGGAACCUGCUCAUCAUCCUGCUAGUCACCUUUGACUCCCACCUCAAUACCCCCAUGUACUUCUUCCUCUCCAACCUGUCCUUGGUUGACAUUGGUUUCAUCUCUACCACAGUCCCCAAGAUGAUUGUGGACAUCCACACUCACAGCAGAGUCAUCCCCUAUAUGGGCUGCCUGACACAGAUGUCUUUUUUGAUCCUUUUUGGAUGUAUGGAUGGCAUACUUCUGACUGCAAUGGCAUAUGACCGGUUUGUGGCCAUUUGUCACCCUCUGCACUAUUCAGUCAUCAUGAACCCAUGCCUCUGUGGCUUCUUAGUUUUGGCAUCUUUUUUAAUUAGCCUUUUGGACUCCCAGCUGCACUAUUUGAUUGUGUUACAACUUACUUGCUUCAAGGAUGUGGAAAUUUCUAAUUUUUUCUGUGACCCUUCUGGACUCCUCAAACUUGCCUGUUCUGACAUUUUCACCAAUAACAUAGUCAUGUAUUUUGUUGGCACCAUCUCUGGUUUUCUUCCUAUCUCAGGGAUCUUUUUCUCUUACUAUAAAAUUGUUUCCUCCAUUCUGAGGGUGCCUUCAUCAGGUGGGAAGUACAAAGCCUUCUCCACCUGUGGCUCUCACCUGUCAGUUGUUUGCUUAUUUUAUGGAACAGCUAUUGGAGUUUACCUUGGAUCAACAUUGUCACCUUCCCCCAGGAAAGAUGUUACAGCCUCGAUCAUGUACACCAUAGUCACCCCCAUGCUGAACCCCUUCAUUUACAGCCUGAGGAACAGGGACAUCAAGAGUGCCCUGUGGAGACUCUACAGCAGACUAAUCUAAUCUCAGUAUGUGCGCAAUCCUUUCUGGAGUGUGGGUUGGAAAAAUCAGCAAAACCAAACAUGCAGACCAGUGAAUACUGCUUCCUUGAUCGCAUUAUUUUUUCAUUCUCAUGGUUUUCAUUCCUCUCCAUGUUUCAUAUAUGAAUAUUACUUCUUUUGAUUCAUCUUUAAUUGGAUUGAGGGAGUGUUCUGGGACCCUGUGUGCAUCAUAAUGAAUGCAUGAGAGGUUCUCUUCAUUGCCUCUGGUAUCCAGGUGAAAUGCACGACUCUUUUGUCAUAUGCUUAAAAUUUUCAUCCUUUUCCAUGGUUUCUGUGACUGUUCCAUCAGAAUUUUGCAUCUGUCAAAUCUAUUUAUUCAGGUAACACCUGACGAUGCAGUUCACUGGUCUUCAAUCAUGGAUUUUACUGGAAUCCCCUGGUGGAGUUUUAUAAAUACUGAUGACUGGGUCUCAUCACCAGAGAUUCUGAUAUAGUUGGACUGGUUCGUGUCUAGGUAUGAGGGUUUCUUUUAAAUCAUCUGAGAUGGUUCAGUUGUGAUUUCUGAAAGAGAUCAAGCUCAUAAAGUUUAAUAUAUGAAAUAGCUUAUUGUAGCUCCUGGCAAUGUGGUUUUUCCAAAUGUUUUCUUAAAAUACGUUGUCCUUCAAUGCCAUAAAAUUUUCAUUUGUGCUGAUUAUUAAGCUAUUGUAUCUCUGCUCAAAACUCACCCUUCUAUACUUGUUUUGGUGGUCCCAGACUGGGUCUCUUGAAAUCACUGCUCUGGCUUUCUUGUUACGUACUUUUAAUAAUGCCCAGUAAAUUUCACUAGACUCUAAAGUUAAGUUCACUACUUCCUUUACACCCCUAAGCCCUUGGGCUUUAUUGGCUUCCAUCUGGAACCACAAUGUUCCAUUUUUGCCUUUGUCUUGCAGUAGCUAUUUAACCAACUCCUUGAACUCACUUCUCUUCAUUGAAAUAGUUUGCUUGAUUUCUUUUUUCUUCACUGAACCCUGAAAGAUAAAUCAUAACAUGGAGAGAAAAUAUAUUAUGAGUUCUGUGUGGCUGGAGUAUUGAAAAAUGAGCUAAUAAAGUAAAAGUGGUUUUAAAUAUAUAUCUUUGUUAAGAGUGUACAACUGAAAUUUAAGUACUGGUAACAUAUUUCCAGUU